AUGGAGGAGCUGGAUCGGGGCAUCACUCGUCAGUGCGUACGCAACCAGGACGAUAAACGACAUGGGUCGCCAUCGCGCACACAACCUUGGGCAGCAGCGGAGCCAGAGGUAGACGAAGGCCAGAGUGUCGUGGAGGCGGUCGGGGAGGAAGGCUACAGCGGCAGGUGGAGGAUGGCCACGGUGGUCGCUUGUUGUGGUAGGAGGCCGAUGGCUGCAUCGUCAUGCUCCUCGUCCACCAAGAUGCUCCAGCUCAACUCCUAUGGACGCGACAAGAACGCCGCUUGA